AUGCUGCAGCCGCGGAUAUGUCAUUUCCAGCCCUCGCGACUGGGUCGGGCGCUGCUGUCUGCCCGCACCUACACACAAGUCCAGGCCAUCGACGUUAAACCACCCCCAUCAAUACAGCCUACCGUGGCUGCCGACGCCGGUGAACUGAAACAGGAAGGAACACGAAAGGAGCGAUUUAUUCCUCUACGCACAUACAAGCCCCGCACACCCGGUCUGCGACAUCUCAAACGACCUGUCAACGACCAUUUAUGGAAGGGACGACCGCACCUCAAGCUCACCAUCGCCCGCAAGGGACAGCAUCUGGGAGGAAGGAACAACACAGGACGAGUCACAGUCAGGCAUAGAGGUGGCGGCCACAAGAGAAGGAUACGCAUUGUCGACUACAAGCGCUAUCUGCCUGGCAAGCAUGUGGUGGAAAGAAUAGAGUACGACCCCAACCGGAGCUCACAUCUGGCCCUCAUUACCCGCGUGGCAACCGGAGAGAAGUCGUACAUCAUCGCUGCAGAUGGCAUGCGGGCGGGAGAUGAGGUCGAGAGCUACAGGAGCGGUAUUCCUAAAGAUCUGAUUGCCAGUAUGGGUGGCGGCAUCGAUCCCGGUAUGCUGGCCGCGAAGACGGCGGCGAGAGGAAACUGUCUUCCCAUUCACAUGGUGCCCCUUGGUUCUCAAGUCUAUAAUGUAGGCACCAAGACACAAGGUGGGGGUGUUUUCUGCCGCAGUGCAGGUACAUACGCCAUCAUCGUGAACAAAGAGGAAGUCGAAAAGGGCAACAGCACAGAGAUCAAGCAUGUUAUCAUCCGAUUGAUGAGCGGCGAAAUCCGCAAAGUCAGUGGGGAUGCGUGCUGUACUAUUGGCGUUGCUAGCAACCCUCAAUCACAUUUCACAUCGCUUGGCAAAGCCGGUCGUUCACGGUGGUUAGGAAAGCGACCGGAGGUCCGCGGUCUUGCAAUGAACGCAGCUGAUCAUCCUCACGGUGGUGGUCGUGGUAAAUCCAAGGGUAACGUGCAUCCCGUCAGUCCAUGGGGCACUCCAGCAAAGGGAGGUUACAAGACCAGACACAAGAGAAACAAGCACACCUUCCUUGUCCAAGAUCGACCACGCAACCAAGGAAAGCGGAGGUCAAAGUAG